UGGUGUUUCCUUCUUUCUGGUACUUGUUGUUGUUCUUAUUAUAUAUUUAAACCUCUUCCUCCUCUUCUUCCUUUUGCUUCAAGGUGUGGUGUUUUGUGUUUCACAUUUAAAGCAACACUGAAAAGAAAGGAAAGUGAAGUUGAGAGUUUGUUUAGGAAGAACAAGAAAUGGGGGUUGGUUCCCAGGAUGCCAUCAAGCAGUUCCAGGCAUUCAUUGACCAAGUUGAGGAGCCUUUGCGAACAACGUUUCAGAAUGUUCAUCAAGGGUUUGUCACCGAAACUUUAAUGCGGUUUCUAAAAGCAAGGGACUGGGAUCCUUGCAAGGCACAUAAAAUGUUGGUUGACUGUUUAAAUUGGAGGGUGCAAAAUGAGAUUGACAAUAUAUUAUCUAAACCAAUUGUUCCUGCUGAUUUAUACAGAGCGGUGCGUGAUUCACAACUCAUAGGAUUAUCAGGUUACUCAAGAGAGGGUCUGCCUGUCUUUGCAAUUGGUGUUGGGCUUAGCACAUUUGACAAAGCAUCUGUUCAUUAUUAUGUGCAGUCACACAUUCAAAUUAAUGAAUAUCGUGAGCGUAUAAUCUUGCCUUCUGCAUCAAAGAAGCAGGGGCGACCUAUUACCACUUGUAUAAAGGUUUUAGACAUGACUGGUCUGAAGUUAUCAGCCCUGAAUCAGAUUAAGUUGCUAACUAUUAUAUCAUCCAUUGAUGAUCUGAACUACCCUGAGAAGACAAAUACUUAUUACAUUGUAAAUGCUCCAUACAUAUUUUCUGCUUGUUGGAAGGUUGUGAAGCCACUUUUACAAGAGAGGACAAGAAGAAAAAUACAGGUGUUACCAGGUUGUGGACGAGAUGAGCUAUUGACUAUCAUGGAUUACUCGUCUCUACCACAUUUCUGUCGAAGAGAAGGCUCUGGAUCAUCCAGACAUUCUGAGAGUGGUAGUGAAAAUUGCUAUUCCUUGGAUCAUCCCUUCCAUCAAGAGCUCUACAAUCACAUCAAGCAGCAAGCCAGACUCCGUGAAGCUGUUGAACCCAUCAAGCAGGGAUCAUUUCAUGUAGAUUUUCCAGUACCUCCAGAUGAUGAAGUUGAGAUUGCCAAGACUAUAGAGUCAGAGUUACAUAAGUUUGAGAACGGAAAUGGUGUCUGAUACUUUCUUUUAGGAUCUACUGUGGAGACCUCAAAAUCAGAGAUCUUUUGCUAGUACAACCAAUGUAGAAGGACUCCACAUCAGAAUUACUUUUAUCAGGAUUCGGAAGAAUUAGUUAGCGUUGUUUAUGUAUGUUAAAAGAGAAAUUAAGGGUUAGUCAAUUUAAUGCAAAUCCCAGCUUUACAUCGUAUCACAAUGCUAGAGAUCAAUGUUAAAUAUAAUAUUUUAUCCUUGUGUUUCCUGUCUCCUGAUCUUUUGCAUGUUUGGUCUUGAUAUUUCUUUACCAGUUCAAAUAUAAGAUUAUAAUUUAUGUUAAA